AUUGAUUUGUCUAUGCCCAAAAAUUAAUUUUCCUUUCCUCGUGUGCGUGUAGUCCCGUUUUUUAAUAAAUUUUAUGUGGAAAGGGGAUCCUUUCUUUUAAAAAACGUCUUCACAUUAUUCCCUAGAUCCUGGAAAUCACAUAACAUUAUCAUAUAAGGCACGUUCUGCCAGCUAUAACGGUGUUCACUGAAUACAGAUCUGCGUCUAUCGCAAUAUGGCCGUCCUGUAAUGAUUUGGUGGUCAGUGAUAUUAUUGUGAUUACAUCUUUAUCAAAAGAUCGAAAUGGAGCUUCGCGUCGGUAAUAAGUACCGACUGGGCCGUAAAAUCGGCUCAGGAUCUUUCGGAGAUAUUUACCUUGGAACCAAUAUAGUAACCAGAGAAGAAGUAGCUAUAAAACUAGAAUGUAUAAAAACGAGACAUCCACAGUUGCACAUAGAGAGCAAAUUUUACAAGCUAAUGCAAGGAGGAGUGGGGAUACCAGCGAUAAAAUGGUGUGGGUCGGAAGGUGACUACAAUGUGAUGGUGAUGGAGCUGCUAGGACCAUCACUUGAGGAUCUGUUCAACUUCUGCUCCCGUCGGUUCUCCCUGAAGACAGUCCUACUCCUCGCUGACCAGCUCAUCACCCGCAUUGAGGAUAUUCACUACAGGAACUUCAUCCAUAGAGAUAUCAAACCAGAUAACUUUCUAAUGGGCCUAGGUAAAAAAGGGAAUUUAGUGUACAUAAUAGACUUUGGAUUAGCGAAAAAGUACAAAGAUCCACGCAGCUUGCAGCAUAUUCCAUACAGAGAAAACAAAAACCUUACAGGCACAGCGCGCUACGCGUCCAUAAACACGCACCUCGGCAUCGAGCAGUCGCGGCGCGACGACCUGGAGUCGCUCGGCUACGUGCUCAUGUACUUCAACCGCGGCUCGCUGCCGUGGCAGGGGCUGAAGGCGGCCACCAAGCGCCAGAAGUACGAGCGCAUCUCCGAGAAGAAGCUCUCCACGCCGUUUGAUGAGCUGUGUAAAAACCACCCGAUCGAGUUCAUGCUGUACCUGAAGUACUGCCGGCGGCUGCGGUUCGAGGAGCGGCCGGACUACAGCCACCUGCGCCAGCUGUUCCGCACGCUGUUCCACCGCCAGGGGUUCACGUACGACUACGUGUUCGACUGGAACAUGCUCAAGUUUGGAGGCCACCGCGGCAACUACCAGGCCGGCGCCGCCGACCGCACGCUGCGGCGCCACGACACGAACCAGGAACCUGAAACCAAUCCGUCAGCGGCGGGCGCGGCCGGCCAGCCCAGCACGACAGUGACGGCGAUCGAGUGGCGGUGAGGCAGCACCGCCGCCGCCGCGCCGUGACGUCACCGACACCACUCGUGACGUCACGCGCGUCACGUGACCACAGCGCGUGGCGCCAUCUAUGAGCAUAGAGUACGCACUCACAAAAGAGAUAUUGACAAUGACAAUGAUGCGGCUAAUUUGUAAAGUUUAUCAACUCGGGAGGUACAACUGUUUUGUCGUUUCAUCUACUGGUUUUGUUGUGUAGCGUAAAGGAUGAAACAGUUGGAUUGCUGAGGGUUGGAACAUUAUACAAAUGGGCGCGCAUGUAGAUAGCAUGGAUCGGUUAUAGAAGACGUAUAUUAUGGUCCAUCGUAAAAGAGCCAUGCAACAUUUUUUUGUAACAUCGAUGUUUUUUGAUUAACCGUAACUUUGAACGCGUACAAAAUUAAGGUUUUGGCUAUCUGGCAACUGAUAAGCUUUAAAGUUAACCCGUUAUUACAACGAGCUAUUAAAGAGCCACGCGAGAAUACGGGUCAUAUAAACCGUACAGAUAGAAGACAUGGAUGACUGAAAUCUGUUGAUCAUAAAACAUUAUCUUAAUAGUCUGAUUAUAGAACAAAAUAAGAAAUUGUGGUGUUCUUGUGACUGGCAUAGGAUCUCUCAUUCAUUCAGGUUUUAGUUUAUAUUUAUGCUAUCACGUCUUAUACGCCCAGCACGAAUCAUCUGUGCAUAAAUAUAACCUAAAACGUGUAAUGGUGCCGUAAGAUGUCCAAAUUAGUACAUGAAACCAAAGAACCACCUAGGUUGACAGCUCGGUCGUAAGAAACCCACAAAUAUGCUCAUAGAUUGCACAACGCAUCUUCAAUAGCAUAGGAAACAUUUUGUAUGCAUUCAAGUUAACAUUGGUAUAUUGUAAAUUAUUUAAUCUAAGGCUAAGUGAAACGACGGAGUGGCAGAACUAAUUUUAAAUUAAAACUGUGACGUUUUGUCGUUUUUUAUCUGACUCGACUAAGUUAGCUUGUAGUUAGGCCUACCCCCUAGGGUGAAUGCACCAAUCAUUGCCGGCAGGUGGCAAUGGUUAGUGCCUCUACUCUAUUGUACUUUAUGCUCAGUUGUAUCUAGAUGUUAGAGACUGGAUCAUCUCGAUGAAUAUAAAUAGGCCUUAAUAAUGUGACAGAUUUUCGUUCCUGAAUGUAAACGAGGCAUUCAAACGCCUGUAAUCGCGUGGUUAUUACAUGAAUGUCUCGUUAAACAUCAUCAGAACGAUAUUUAGCGUCUUUGUUUUUUUCUUGUACAAAAAGAUGUGCAAUAUUCAUUUAAGUUCGCCGCGUAGUUGCAAUUUCGUAGGCUUUUUGUUGUCUUCCAAUUAUUAUGUGCUGAUUUCUCAAUGCAGUUCUUCGACUUAAACAAUAAAAAAAUAGUAUUUUGACGAAAAUAUAAUUGAGCACAACUCUUCAAGCGAUAUUACUGUUUUCACAGAAACGUUCUUUAAAUUUGACUUGUAAAUUAAAGUAACUGAGUUUAAAUAGUAACGAACAUUGUGUUGUGCGUAUUCCGCUUUGUAAAUACGGCAUUUUUAUACAUUUAGGCUGACGUUGUUAUCACUCUGACGGGCUCGCUGUUCCACGCUGUUAACUUAUUCAAGUGUGUCUAGCUAGUGAAGUGUGCAAUACUUUGGUUCUUCAGCGACGCUUUUCGGAACUUCAUUCUGAGGAACGCUUGCUCAAAAUGUACUGUAAUGUUUAACGCGAGCGACCAUCACUGCCAUAGACUUAACGAAGUUUUCCGUCUGCAGAAUGCUAGCCUUAUCGUAGCGCG